GAGAGACUCCCACAUCCCGUUGGGCAAGUGGAGCAAAAUGUCACGGGGGGGGAAACUAUUUUGAUCCCUUUCCCUGGGGGGGCAGAGGGGAGGGAAGAAGUGGGCCAUAGUAAAUGUCACAUGGGCCCGAAGUUAGUGUCCCUCCGAGCGUGGACAGUGUUUGCUGGACUCUGCCUCUCUGUUUGAGCUGGAGCAAAUGUGGACGACGAGCUGCUGCGAGUCACUGGUUCUCCUGCUCAAGGAGCCCAUGGGACAGCUGGAUCUGUGGAAGGACUGGAGGAUGGAGGACGAGGCAGUACUGGAUAGAGGGGCUUCCUUCCUUAAACAUGUAUGUGAUGAAGAAGAAGUGGAAGGGCACCACACGAUUUACAUCGGGGUCCACGUGCCGAAGAGCUACAGGAGGAGGAGGCGUCAUAGGAGAAGACCUGGGCACAAAGAAAAGAAAGAAAAGGAGAAAAUCUCAGAGAACUACUCGGACAAAUCAGACAUAGAAAACGCCGAUGAGACGAGCAGCAGCAUCCUUAAACCACUCAUCUCCCCCGCUGCUGAACGCAUCCGCUUCAUCCUCGGAGAGGAAGAUGACAGCCCAGCGCCCCCGCAGCUCUUCACCGAGCUGGAUGAACUCCUGGCCGUCGACGGACAGGAGAUGGAAUGGAAGGAGACUGCAAGGUGGAUCAAGUUUGAGGAGAAGGUGGAACAAGGUGGGGAGCGAUGGAGCAAACCGCAUGUGGCCACCUUGUCCCUGCACAGCUUGUUCGAGCUGAGGACGUGUAUAGAGAAGGGCUCCAUAAUGCUGGACAUGGAGGCCUCUUCCCUCCCGCAGGUGGUGGAGAUGAUCGUUGACAAUCAGAUCGAGACGGGGCUGUUGAAACCUGAACUGAAGGACAAGGUCACCUACACGCUGCUCAGGAAGCACCGGCACCAGACCAAGAAAUCCAACCUGCGCUCGCUGGCUGACAUUGGAAAGACCGUCUCCAGUGCAAGUAGGAUGUUUUCCAACCCCGAUAAUGCACGCAGCCCGCUCGAGAGCUCCGUGCCCUGCCUGGCCACCCGCACCUUGGAUGAUGAACUGGGAGUGCAGCGCAGCCCCAGCGUGGGAUGGCUCAGCAGCCCAGCCAUGGCUCACCGAAACCUGACUUCCACCAGCCUGAACGACAUCUCAGACAAGCCUGAGAAGGACCAGCUGAAGAACAAAUUCAUGAAGAAGUUGCCCCGUGAUGCUGAGGCCUCCAAUGUGCUGGUGGGGGAGGUGGAUUUCCUGGAGAGCCCCUUCAUCGCCUUCGUGCGACUGCAGCAGGCCGUCAUGCUGGGAGCGCUCACCGAGGUCCCCGUGCCCACCCGAUUUCUCUUCAUUCUGCUGGGACCGAAGGGCAAAGCAAAGUCCUACCAUGAGAUCGGCCGAGCCAUCGCCACACUGAUGUCGGAUGAGGUAUUCCACGACAUUGCCUAUAAAGCCAAGGACCGGCAGGACCUGAUUGCGGGCAUCGAUGAGUUUCUGGAUGAAGUCAUUGUGCUCCCCCCUGGGGAAUGGGAUCCAGCCAUUAGGAUAGAGCCUCCCAAGUCUCUCCCUUCUUCAGAUAAGAGGAAGAACAUGUACUCGGGUGGGGAGAACCUGCAGAUGAACGGGGACACCCCUCACGACGGAGGGCACGGCGGCGGGGGCCACGGGGACUGCGAGGAGCUGCAGCGCACGGGCAGAUUCUGUGGGGGCUUGAUCAAAGACAUAAAGAGAAAAGCACCAUUCUUCGCCAGCGACUUCUACGACGCUUUAAACAUCCAGGCCCUCUCAGCCAUCCUCUUUAUCUACCUGGCCACUGUCACCAACGCCAUCACUUUUGGGGGAUUGCUUGGGGAUGCUACGGAGAACAUGCAGGGCGUGUUGGAGAGCUUCCUGGGCACGGCCGUCACCGGCGCCAUAUUUUGCCUUUUGGCUGGUCAGCCCCUCACCAUUCUGAGCAGCACAGGGCCCGUCCUGGUCUUUGAGCGGCUCCUCUUCAACUUCAGCAAGGACAAUGACUUUGACUACCUGGAGUUCCGCCUCUGGAUCGGCCUCUGGUCAGCCUUCCAGUGUCUCAUUCUCGUGGCCACCGAUGCCAGCUUCCUGGUCAAGUACUUCACCCGCUUCACUGAAGAAGGAUUUUCCUCCCUGAUCAGCUUCAUCUUCAUUUAUGAUGCUUUCAAGAAGAUGAUCAAACUGGCGGAUCAUUAUCCCAUCAACUCCGAGUUCAAGGUGGACUAUAUCACGCAUUACUCUUGUGCCUGUAAACCAGUAGAUCCAGUUAAUAGCUCGUUCUUUAACAGGACAGCGGUGCUGUCAGACGAUGAGCUGGUCUAUUCCUCCUCUGAAAUGGACAACACCACCAUUGACUGGGCUGCUCUGACAGCCAAAGAGUGCUUGAAAUACGGGGGAAAACUUGAGGGCAACAGCUGUGGCUAUGUCCCUGACAUCACCCUCAUGUCUUUCAUCCUCUUCUUCGGCACUUACACCUGCUCCAUGGCCCUCAAGAAAUUCAAGACCAGUCGCUAUUUUCCCACCACUGCCCGGAAGCUCAUCAGUGACUUUGCCAUUAUCCUGUCCAUUUUGAUUUUCUGUGGAAUAGAUGCCCUGGUUGGUGUGGACACACCAAAACUAAUUGUGCCAAGUGAAUUCAAGCCAACCAGUCCCGAGAGGGGUUGGUUUAUCCCACCUUUUGGAGGGAACCCGUGGUGGGUGUACCUGGCAGCAGCCAUCCCUGCCCUGCUCGUGACCAUCCUCAUCUUCAUGGACCAGCAGAUCACCGCCGUCAUCGUCAACAGGAAGGAGCACAAGCUCAAGAAAGGUGCUGGAUAUCAUCUGGAUUUGUUCUGGGUGGCCAUUCUGAUGAUCGUCUGCUCCUUCAUGGGGCUGCCCUGGUAUGUGGCUGCUACCGUCAUCUCCAUCGCUCACAUCGACAGCUUGAAGAUGGAGACGGAGACUUCAGCCCCUGGAGAACAGCCCAAGUUUUUGGGAGUGAGGGAGCAGAGAGUCACUGGAGUCAUUGUUUUCAUCCUGACUGGGGUGUCUGUCUUCAUGGCUCCCAUCCUGAAGUUCAUUCCCAUGCCUGUGCUCUAUGGUGUCUUCCUCUACAUGGGUGUCGCGUCCCUCAACGGCGUGCAGUUCAUGGAUCGUCUAAAGCUGCUCUUGAUGCCUCUAAAACAUCAGCCUGACUUUAUCUACCUGCGCCACGUCCCUCUGCGCAGGGUCCACCUCUUCACCUUCCUGCAGGUGGUGUGCCUGGCCCUCCUCUGGAUCCUCAAAUCCACCGUGGCUGCUAUCAUAUUCCCUGUCAUGAUCCUGGCCCUGGUAGCAGUCAGAAAAGCCAUGGACUACCUCUUCUCCCAGCAUGACUUAAGCUUUCUUGACGACGUCAUUCCAGAAAAGGACAAGAAGAAAAAAGAGGACGAGAAGAAGAAGAAAAAGAAGAAGGGCAGUAUGGAUAGUGACAAUGAUGAUUCUGACUGCCCCUACUCAGAAAAAGUCCCAAGUAUUAAAAUCCCAAUGGACAUCAUGGAGCAGGAACCUUUCCUAAGUGAUAGCAAACCUGCCGACAGAGAAAAAUCACCAACAUUCCUUGAACGCCACACGUCUUGCUGAUACAAUUCCUUUCCUUCAAUCACACGCCAUGCCAAGCCCUCCACGAACUCCAGUAAAAGUUGUGCCUCAAAUUAGAAUAGAACUUGAGCCUGAAGACAAUGGUUAUUUCUGGAGGAGCAAGGGAACAGAAACUACUUUGUAAUUUGUCUGUCUGUCCAAUCUUCUAUGGAAUUUAUUUUGUCACUAGCCAAAUAUUAAAAAGCUCCCUGCUCCCCGCUGGCAAAGGUAAAUGAGCCACCCCUCUGCCCAUGCCCCCCAGGUCCCUCCGGGCCCCCCCACGCCGACACCAGGACUCGGAUUGCCUUCUCCAAAGUGUCUCCCGUUGCAACGAGGGCAGGAGCAGUUAAGGAUGUCACGUGGUACCUGUGGGAAGUGCCAGAGGCGCCGUGGUGAUCGUGCACCCGUCGCUUGUCUGGCAGAACAAAGCUGACCUCCAGGCUGAUUCCGUGUCUGCUCCCACUGCUCGGGGAUGCUGGAACGUGCUGCUAACCCUCACGCUCUCACCUGUAGUUAAAAGGAGAAGGUACUUCACUCCCAGCACAGACAGACCGUUGCCAUUGCUGUAGCAUGUUUGGAAAUGUCCCUUUCCUAUGCAAUUUUUUUUUAAAGAAACACUUUAAUGGACUUAAUCCGUCAGGUACAUGGAAGAGUGUUAUUUUCCUAGAUUAUUUUGUUUAAAUUAUGGGGGCCUAACCUAUGACUUCUUUUUUUUUUGUCAAUUUUUUUAACCUUUUUUUAAUUACUGUAAAGAAAAAUGAAUUUUUUUCCUGCAGCAGGAAACGUAUAGUUAUGAGUAGUUCUACCUCUUAUUUUUAGAUGCCAGGCUUUCUGUAAAAAAUGUAUUGUACCAUAUAUAAUGUGAUUUUUACAAAAAAACAAACCCACCACACCACAAUCUCCAGGACAUGGCACAGGGCUGGAUCGGUUCCAUUAACACCUUCUGCUCCGAAGCAUCUGGCUUUUUUAAGGGUUAUGUUGGUUUUAUGGGUUUUAUUUUUUAUGAGUAAUCUUUGCUGUGAAGGAGACGGGAUGUGAUCCGCAUCCUCCUGCAUCCCACACCGUCAGCUGUGGAAUUUACCCGAAAUCUUUGCUACCCAGCUUCUCAGCCCCAGACCCAGCAGUGCAGCAGGACCAAGCAGGCCAGGAUUUUGGGGUGGAACCAAGUAAGCAUCACCUCAGGAGAGGAUUUUCUCUCUGUAGUGUGUUUAUACUGGUGUGUGCAUCUAAACAAGCCUUUGGGAAACUGGGCUUCACCAGGACAUGAGGGAACACACUAAAAGCUUCAUCCAAAAAUUAAAAUAAGAAGAAAGAAUCCCCGAGCUGUCCAGGCGAAUUCCCUGAUGGAGACAACCCCACCGCAGAGGAAGGGCACGUGCUGCCGCUUGGUCCUUGUGAAACCAAAGUUCCUGUUGGUGAAGUCGAGAGGAUUUUCUGAUGGUGCUGAGACCUUAAAUGCCAAAUUUUAGCAUCUGCUCCCACGAAGGAGCCGUCACCUCCGUACAUCCCCUGCUCACUCUCGAGGGGUCUUCGCUUCCGUUUCCAUGAAAGUUGUGUUGUGUAUCACAGGAACGCAGCUGAAACCUCCUCUGAGAAGGCUGGAGAGACAUGGGAAAAGGCCUGAAGAGGAGCAGCUCAAUCCAAAUUGGGUAUUUCGUAGGAAAAGCCUGUGUGGGCGCUUCAGGGAAUAGGUGUGGAGGCUGACCCAAAGCCCUCUGAGAUCAGUCGGCUGUCAACAACGACCUUCCCCUUGGAAAUCCAAGGUCCCAGCUCCCGGUGGGACCUGUGAUGGCCACCAACCACAGCCAGCUUUGUCCCAGCUCCGGGAACACGGUGGCCACCAGCCUCUGGCCUGCUGAUACACCUUUGUAUUUGUAUUUUUAUUUUGAAUCAACAGCACUUUCAGCUACUUUUACUAUUGUUUUUAAUUCUCCUAAGUCUGUAUUUGCUUUGGAGGAGAGAAUGAAAACUUGGGAUGAAAUGAAGUGGAUCGGGAUGGUGGAACAAAAAGGAAAAAAGCAGAAAACAUUUCAAAUAUUAUUAAAGUGAUUUUUUUUUCCAGUAAUAUAAAACAUGAAAUUCCUUAUAACAUUAUAGUAUUUUACAGUUUUAUGAAGCUUUCUAUUGUGACUUUUAUGGAAUCAAAAGAUGAAGAUGAUGAGAUAUUUUAGCAUUUAUAUUUUUCAAAAUUAAAUGUAUACUGAAAAUAAAGUAACUUUAUGCAUUUAUGGGA